AAAAGGCCUUCCAAGCCAGCAGUCAAGCAUCAGCAAUUGCGUUCAUCGUUCUCGCUCUCCUUCUAGAAUCUACCAGCUCCCCGUCACCUUCCAUCAUCCAGCAAAGAUGUCGGGCAGAGGCAAGGGAGGCAAGGGUCUGGGCAAGGGCGGAGCCAAGCGCCACCGCAAGGUUCUCAGGGAUAACAUCCAGGGCAUCACCAAGCCCGCCAUCAGGCGUCUGGCAAGAAGGGGUGGAGUCAAGCGCAUCAGCGGUCUCAUCUAUGAGGAGACCCGCGGCGUCCUCAAGGUUUUCCUGGAGAACGUCAUCCGUGAUGCGGUCACCUACACGGAGCAUGCUCGCCGCAAGACAGUCACAGCGUUCGAUGUUGUAUAUGCCCUGAAGAGGCAGGGGAGGACCCUGUAUGGUUUCGGGGGUUAAGCGGUGUCGUCGCUGCACCGGGAAGGGAGGUGUUUCUCAUCAACAACCAUCCCAGCCAACCAAACUGGUGUUUUCUAACACCACCUCCUUUCAGAAGCUUAUCCAACUGUGUGGUUUCGUGAUGGGACAUUAUGAUCUUAUAUUGAAGGAUGCUAUAGCCAGCAAGGUAGCACCUUGCGCAUAGGCCUGGGCAGGAUUUGUCUGUAGAAUGUGCUUGGGGGGCAACCUGCUUCAAUGGAAACUUGUUUCGAUGCAAGGAAAGGAUGGUUGUGUAAAGCAAAGAUCCUCCUUGCCAUGUCCGCAGCUUCUGAGUUCAUUUAUCGUUCCAGAGCACAAUCAAGCGGGAAGUAGGACCUGACCCAGGCUAGGCCGCUAGGUAGGACAAAGUUGAGAGAGCUAGUGGCAUGCGCUCUUUUGGCGGAAGUUAGAAAGCCAAGUCUUACUUACUUCAGUGGAGUGCUUUAAACUUGCAAAGCUUGAGGCAUGCAAUCAUCGGCACUAUGUGUAGCGGCACACUGACUUUUGCUCUUGUCGUCAAGCCCCUCCUUCGAAGUCAACAAUAAUAAUAUAAGCAAGUUGCCAAUCUGU